AUGGGGACUGGAGCUGCAGUCCCGGCUUGGGGACUGGAGCUGCAGUCCCGGCGUGGGGACUGGAGCUGCAGUCCCGGCGUGGGGACUGGAGCUGCAGUCCCGGCGUGGGGACUGGAGCUGCAGUCCCGGCGUGGGGACUGGAGCUGCAGUCCCAGCUCGGGGACUGGAGCUGCAGUCCCGGCUCGGGGACUGGAGCUGCAGUCCCGGCUUGGGGACUGGAGCUGCAGUCCCGGCUUGGGGACUGGAGCUGCAAUCCCGGCUUUGGGACUGGAGCUGCAGUCCCGGCUUUGGGACUGGAGCUGCAGUCCCGGCGUGGAGACUGGAGCUGCAGUCCCGGCGUGGGGACUGGAGCUGCAGUCCCGGCUUGGGGACUGGAGCUGCAGUCCCGGCUUGGGGACUGGAGCUGCAGUCCCGGCGUGGGGACUGGAGCUGCAGUCCCGGCGUGGGGACUGGAGCUGCAGUCCCGGCGUGGGGACUGGAGCUGCAGUCCCGGCGUGGGGACUGGAGCUGCAGUCCCGGCGUGGGGACUGGAGCUGCAGUCCCGGCUUGGGGACUGGAGCUGCAGUCCCGGCAUGGGGACUGGAGCUGCAGUCCCGGCUUGGGGACUGGAGCUGCAGUCCCGGCGUGGGGACUGGAGCUGCAGUCCCGGCUUGGGGACUGGAGCUGCAAUCCCGGCUUGGGGACUGGAGCUGCAGUCCCGGCUUGGGGACUGGAGCUGCAGUCCCGGCGUGGGGACUGGAGCUGCAGUCCCGGCUUGGGGACUGGAGCUGCAGUCCCGGCUUGGGGACUGGAGCUGCAGUCCCGGCAUGGGGACUGGAGCUGCAGUCCUGGCUUGGGGACUGGAGCUGCAGUCCCGGCGUGGGGACUGGAGCUGCAGUCCCGGCGUGGGGACUGGAGCUGCAGUCCCGGCGUGGGGACUGGAGCUGCAGUCCCGGCGUGGGGACUGGAGCUGCAGUCCCGGCUUGGGGACUGGAGCUGCAGUCCCGGCGUGGGGACUGGAGCUGCAGUCCCGGCGUGGGGACUGGAGCUGCAGUCCCGGCGUGGGGACUGGAGCUGCAGUCCCGGCGUGGGGACUGGAGCUGCAGUCCUGGCUUGGGGACUGGAGCUGCAGUCCCGGCGUGGGGACUGGAGCUGCAGUCUCGGCGUGGGGACUGGAGCUGCAGUCCCGGCUUGGGGACUGGAGCUGCAGUCCCGGCUUGGGGACUGGAGCUGCAGUCCCAGCAUGGGGACUGGAGCUGCAGUCCCGGCUUGGGGACUGGAGCUGCAGUCCCGGCGUGGGGACUGGAGCUGCAGUCCCGGCUUGGGGACUGGAGCUGCAGUCCCGGCGUGGGGACUGGAGCUGCAGUCCCGGCUUGGGGACUGGAGCUGCAGUCCCGGCGUGGGGACUGGAGCUGCAGUCCCGGCGUGGGGACUGGAGCUGCAGUCCCAGCUCGGGGACUGGAGCUGCAGUCCCGGCGCGGGGACUGGAGCUGCAGUCCCGGCGCGGGGACUGGAGCUGCAGUCCCGGCGCGGGGACUGGAGCUGCAGUCCUGGCGCGGGGACUUGAGCUGCAGUCCCAUCGCGGGGACUGGAGCUGCAGUCCCGGCUUGGGGACUGGAGCUGCAGUCCCAGCGUGGGGACUGGAGCUGCAGUCCCGGCGUGGGAACUGGAGCUGCAGUCCCGGCUUGGGGACUGGAGCUGCAAUCCCGGCUUGGGGACUGGAGCUGCAGUCCCGGCUUGGGGACUGGAGCUGCAGUCCCGGCGUGGGGACUGGAGCUGCAGUCCCGGCUUGGGGACUGGAGCUGCAGUCCCGGCUUGGGGACUGGAGCUGCAGUCCCGGUAUGGGGACUGGAGCUGCAGUCCCGGCUUGGGGACUGGAGCUGCAGUCCCGGCGUGGGGACUGGAGCUGCAGUCCCGGCGUGGGGACUGGAGCUGCAGUCCCGGCGUGGGGACUGGAGCUGCAGUCCUGGCGUGGGGACUGGAGCUGCAGUCCCGGCGUGGGGACUGGAGCUGCAGUCCUGGCUUGGGGACUGGAGCUGCAGUCCCGGCGUGGGGACUGGAGCUGCAGUCCCGGCUUGGGGACUGGAGCUGCGGUCCCGGCGUGGGGACUGGAGCUGCAGUUCCAGAUUGGGGACUGGAGCUGCGGUCCUGGCUUGGGGACUGGAGGUGCAGUCCCGGCUUGGGGACUGGAGCUACGGUCCUGGCUUGGGGACUGGAGCUGCAGUCCCAGCUCGGGGACUGGAGCUGCAGUCCCAGCUCGGGGACUGGAGCUGCAGUCCCGGCGCGGGGACUGGAGCUGCAGUCCCGGCGCGGGGACUGGAGCUGCAGUUCCGGCACGGGGACUGGAGCUGCAGUCCCGGCGCGGGGAAUGGAGCUGCAGUCCCAGCUCGGGGACUGGAGCUGCAGUCCCGGCUCGGGGACUGGAGCUGCAGUCCCGGCUUGGGGACUGGAGCUGCAGUCCCGGCGUGGGGACUGGAGCUGCAGUCCCGGCUUGGGGACUGGAGCUGCAGUCCCGGCGUGGGGACUGGAGCUGCAGUCCCGGCUUGUGGACUGGAGCUGCAGUCCCGGCUUGGGGACUGGAGCUGCAAUCCCGGCUUUGGGACUGGAGCUGCAGUCCCGGCUUUGGGACUGGAGCUGCAGUCCCGUCCCGGCGUGGAGACUGGAGCUGCAGUCCCGGCGUGGGGACUGGAGCUGCAGUCCCGGCGUGGGGACUGGAGCUGCAGUCCCGGCGUGGGGACUGGAGCUGCAGUCCCGGCUUGGGGACUGGAGCUGCAGUCCCGGCGUGGGGACUGGAGCUGCAGUCCCGGCGUGGGGACUGGAGCUGCAGUCCCGGCGUGGGGACUGGAGCUGCAGUCCCGGCGUGGGGACUGGAGCUGCAGUCCUGGCUUGGGGACUGGAGCUGCAGUCCCGGCGUGGGGACUGGAGCUGCAGUCUCGGCGUGGGGACUGGAGCUGCAGUCCCGGCUUGGGGACUGGAGCUGCAGUCCCGGCUUGGGGACUGGAGCUGCAGUCCCAGCAUGGGGACUGGAGCUGCAGUCCCGGCUUGGGGACUGGAGCUGCAGUCCCGGCGUGGGGACUGGAGCUACAGUCCCGGCGUGGGGACUGGAGCUGCAGUCCCGGCGUGGGGACUGGAGCUGCAGUCCCGGCUUGGGGACUGGAGCUGCAGUCCCGGCGUGGGGACUGGAGCUGCAGUCCCGGCGUGGGGACUGGAGCUGCAGUCCCAGCUCGGGGACUGGAGCUGCAGUCCCGGCGCGGGGACUGGAGCUGCAGUCCCGGCGCGGGGACUGGAGCUGCAGUCCCGGCGCGGGGACUGGAGCUGCAGUCCUGGCGCGGGGACUUGAGCUGCAGUCCCAUCGCGGGGACUGGAGCUGCAGUCCCGGCUUGGGGACUGGAGCUGCAGUCCCAGCGUGGGGACUGGAGCUGCAGUCCCGGCGUGGGGACUGGAGCUGCAGUCCCGGCUUGGGGACUGGAGCUGCAAUCCCGGCUUGGGGACUGGAGCUGCAGUCCCGGCUUGGGGACUGGAGCUGCAGUCCCGGCGUGGGGACUGGAGCUGCAGUCCCGGCUUGGGGACUGGAGCUGCAGUCCCGGCUUGGGGACUGGAGCUGCAGUCCCGGUAUGGGGACUGGAGCUGCAGUCCCGGCUUGGGGACUGGAGCUGCAGUCCCGGCGUGGGGACUGGAGCUGCAGUCCCGCCGUGGGGACUGGAGCUGCAGUCCCGGCGUGGGGACUGGAGCUGCAGUCCCGGCGUGGGGACUGGAGCUGCAGUCCCGGCGUGGGGACUGGAGCUGCAGUCCUGGCUUGGGGACUGGAGCUGCAGUCCCGGCGUGGGGACUGGAGCUGCAGUCCCGGCUUGGGGACUGGAGCUGCGGUCCCGGCGUGGGGACUGGAGCUGCAGUUCCAGAUUGGGGACUGGAGCUGCGGUCCUGGCUUGGGGACUGGAGGUGCAGUCCCGGCUUGGGGACUGGAGCUACGGUCCUGGCUUGGGGACUGGAGCUGCAGUCCCAGCUCGGGGACUGGAGCUGCAGUCCCAGCUCGGGGACUGGAGCUGCAGUCCCGGCGCGGGGACUGGAGCUGCAGUCCCGGCGCGGGGACUGGAGCUGCAGUUCCGGCACGGGGACUGGAGCUGCAGUCCCGGCGCGGGGAAUGGAGCUGCAGUCCCAGCUCGGGGACUGGAGCUGCAGUCCCGGCUCGGGGACUGGAGCUGCAGUCCCGGCUUGGGGACUGGAGCUGCAGUCCCGGCGUGGGGACUGGAGCUGCAGUCCCGGCUUGGGGACUGGAGCUGCAGUCCCGGCGUGGGGACUGGAGCUGCAGUCCCGGCUUGUGGACUGGAGCUGCAGUCCCGGCUUGGGGACUGGAGCUGCAAUCCCGGCUUUGGGACUGGAGCUGCAGUCCCGGCUUUGGGACUGGAGCUGCAGUCCCGUCCCGGCGUGGGGACUGGAGCUGCAGUCCCGGCGUGGGGACUGGAGCUGCAGUCCCAGCUCGGGGACUGGAGCUGCAGUCCCGGCUCGGGGACUGGAGCUGCAGUCCCGGCUUGGGGACUGGAGCUGCAGUCCCGGCUUGGGGACUGGAGCUGCAAUCCCGGCUUUGGGACUGGAGCUGCAGUCCCGGCUUUGGGACUGGAGCUGCAGUCCCGGCGUGGAGACUGGAGCUGCAGUCCCGGCGUGGGGACUGGAGCUGCAGUCCCGGCUUGGGGACUGGAGCUGCAGUCCCGGCUUGGGGACUGGAGCUGCAGUCCCGGCGUGGGGACUGGAGCUGCAGUCCCGGCGUGGGGACUGGAGCUGCAGUCCCGGCGUGGGGACUGGAGCUGCAGUCCCGGCUUGGGGACUGGAGCUGCAGUCCCGGCUUGGGGACUGGAGCUGCAGUCCCGGCGUGGGGACUGGAGCUGCAGUCCCGGCGUGGGGACUGGAGCUGCAGUCCCGGCGUGGGGACUGGAGCUGCAGUCCCGGCUUGGGGACUGGAGCUGCAGUCCCGGCUUGGGGACUGGAGCUGCAGUCCCGGCAUGGGGACUGGAGCUGCAGUCCCGGCUUGGGGACUGGAGCUGCAGUCCCGGCGUGGGGACUGGAGCUGCAGUCCCGGCGUGGGGACUGGAGCUGCAGUCCCGGCGUGGGGACUGGAGCUGCAGUCCUGGCUUGGGGACUGGAGCUGCAGUCCCGGCGUGGGGACUGGAGCUGCAGUCCCGGCUUGGGGACUGGAGCUGCAGUCCCGGCGUGGGGACUGGAGCUGCAGUUCCAGCUUGGGGACUGGAGCUGCAGUCCUGGCUUGGGGACUGGAGGUGCAGUCCCGGCUUGGGGACUGGAGCUACGGUCCUGGCUUGGGGACUGGAGCUGCAGUCCCAGCUCGGGGACUGGAGCUGCAGUCCCAGCUCGGGGACUGGAGCUGCAGUCCCGGCGCGGGGACUGGAGCUGCAGUCCCGGCGCGGGGACUGGAGCUGCAGUUCCGGCACGGGGACUGGAGCUGCAGUCCCGGCGCGGGGACUGGAGCUGCAGUCCUGGCGCGGGGACUUGAGCUGCAGUCCCAUCGCGGGGACUGGAGCUGCAGUCCCGGCUUGGGGACUGGAGCUGCAGUCCCAGCGUGGGGACUGGAGCUGCAGUCCCGGCGUGGGGACUGGAGCUGCAGUCCCGGCUUGGGGACUGGAGCUGCAAUCCCGGCUUGGGGACUGGAGCAGCAGUCCCGGCUUGGGGACUGGAGCUGCAGUCCCGGCGUGGGGACUGGAGCUGCAGUCCCGGCUUGGGGACUGGAGCUGCAGUCCCGGCUUGGGGACUGGAGCUGCAGUCCCGGCAUGGGGACUGGAGCUGCAGUCCCGGCUUGGGGACUGGAGCUGCAGUCCCGGCGUGGGGACUGGAGCUGCAGUCCCGGCGUGGGGACUGGAGCUGCAGUCCCGGCGUGGGGACUGGAGCUGCAGUCCCGGCGUGGGGACUGGAGCUGCAGUCCCGGCUUGGGGACUGGAGCUGCAGUCCCGGCGUGGGGACUGGAGCUGCAGUCCCGGCGUGGGGACUGGAGCUGCAGUCCCAGCUCGGGGACUGGAGCUGCAGUCCCAGCUCGGGGACUGGAGCUGCAGUCCCGGCGCGGGGACUGGAGCUGCAGUCCCGGCGCGGGGACUGGAGCUGCAGUUCGGGCGCGGGGACUGGAGCUGCAGUCCCGGCGCGGGGACUGGAGCUGCAGUCCUGGCGCGGGGACUUGAGCUGCAGUCCCAUCGCGGGGACUGGAGCUGCAGUCCCGGCUUGGGGACUGGAGCUGCAGUCCCAGCGUGGGGACUGGAGCUGCAGUCCCGGCGUGGGGACUGGAGCUGCAGUCCCGGCUUGGGGACUGGAGCUGCAAUCCCGGCUUGGGGACUGGAGCUGCAGUCCCGGCUUGGGGACUGGAGCUGCAGUCCCGGCGUGGGGACUGGAGGUGCAGUCCCGGCUUGGGGACUGGAGCUGCAGUCCCGGCUUGGGGACUGGAGCUGCAGUCCCGGUAUGGGGACUGGAGCUGCAGUCCCGGCUUGGGGACUGGAGCUGCAGUCCCGGCGUGGGGACUGGAGCUGCAGUCCCGGCGUGGGGACUGGAGCUGCAGUCCCGGCGUGGGGACUGGAGCUGCAGUCCCGGUGUGGGGACUGGAGCUGCAGUCCCGGCGUGGGGACUGGAGCUGCAGUCCUGGCUUGGGGACUGGAGCUGCAGUCCCGGCUUGGGGACUGGAGCUACGGUGCUGGCUUGGGGACUGGAGCUGCAGUCCCGGCUUGGGGACUGGAGCUGCAGUCCCGGCUUGGGGACUGGAGCUGCAGUCCCGGCUUGGGGACUGGAGCUGCAGUCCCGGCUUGUGGACUGGAGCUGCAGUCCCGGCUUGAGGACUGGAGCUGCAGUCUACGCACUGGUGCGCUGUGCACCAGCACGUGA